GUUGCCUGUCAUCUCCAUGGCACCGGGCAUCGAGCUCGAGAUUCCUAUGCCAGUCAGUUUUUUUUGUUACAGUAUAGAAGUGCGCAGGCGCAUUCGAGAAGGGGAGCACGGAGCCUGCAGAAGUGUGAGUGCUCCUUGGUACAAAGGACCCAUACCAGUCAGACACGGCGCAGCGUUACCAUGAUCUUCUCCAUCCCACCGAUAGAUACCCAUCCCGUCUGUAUCACUUUAACGCCCAUCUUCCAGCAAGUCCGCGAGCCUGACCAUCGCUGCCCGGUCGCAGAAUGCACGGAGGAAAAAGAGGACUGGUGGCACCACAAAACACUUUUUUGGAAAACAUUGUUCGCCGAUCAAGUGAGACAAGUUUCUUAUUGGGCAAUGCACAAAUCGUGGAGUGGCCUAUAGUUUACAGUAAUGACGGAUUCUGCAAGCUGUCUGGCUAUCAUAGGGCUGAGGUCAUGCAGAAAAGCAGUACCUGCAGUUUCAUGUAUGGCGAGCUUACAGACAAAAAGACAACAGACAAAGUCAGACAGACUUUUGAUAACUAUGAAUCCCAUUGCUUUGAAGUGCUGCUUUAUAAGAAGAACAGAACCCCCGUGUGGCUCUACAUGCAGGUGGCCCCCAUCAGCAACGAAAAUGAUAAGGUGGUCCUUUUCCUCUGCACUUUCAAGGAUAUCACUGUCUUCAAGCAGCCUAUUGAAGAUGAGACCACCAGAGAAGAGGGCGGAGUUUCAAGAACUCAUGCUGCAGCGAACCGCCACAACAAAGCAGGAGAAUCUCACGCAACAAGAUGGACCAAGUUUGCCAGGCUAACCAGGGCAUUAACCAAUAGCCGGGGCACAUUGCAGCAGCUGGCGCCCAUUAACAAGACCGAGGUCAGCCACAAGCAUUCGCGACUGGCAGAGGCUCUUCAGCUGGGCUCUGACAUCCUUCCUCAAUACAAGCAAGAGGCUCCUAAAACUCCACCUCAUAUUAUCCUGCACUACUGCACCUUUAAGACCACAUGGGACUGGGUCAUUCUCAUCCUCACCUUUUACACGGCCAUCAUGGUUCCCUACAACGUCUCCUUUAAAACCAAACAAAACAACCUGGUGUGGUUGGUUCUGGACAGCGUGGUGGAUGUCAUCUUCCUAGUGGAUAUUGUGUUGAACUUUCAUACUACUUUUGUGGGUCCUGGGGGAGAGGUUAUAUCUGACCCAAAGCUCAUACGUAUGAAUUACUUGAAGACCUGGUUUGUCAUAGACCUGCUGUCUUGCCUGCCCUAUGACAUCAUCAAUGCCUUUGAAAACGUGGAUGAGGAUCCCAUUGCAGACUCUUCUGCAGUGGGCCACUUACCAUCUACGGCCCACUCGCCACGAAACGCCACACGCACAGAGGACUCAGUGUUACCUGGUCUAAGCAGUCUAUUCAGCUCACUGAAAGUGGUGCGUUUGCUUCGUCUGGGUCGAGUGGCACGCAAACUGGACCACUAUCUGGAAUAUGGUGCUGCAGUAUUAGUUUUACUGGUGUGUGUCUUUGGUCUGGUGGCACAUUGGCUGGCUUGCAUCUGGUACAGCAUCGGCGAUUAUGAGGUCAUCGAUGAAGCCACCAAUAGCAUCAAGACGGACAGUUGGCUUUAUCAGUUAGCUAUUAGCAUUGGCACGCCAUACCGCUACAAUGCCAGUGGCUCUGGCCAAUGGGAGGGAGGUCCCAGUAAGCACACGCUCUACAUAUCUUCUCUCUAUUUUACUAUGACAAGCCUCACCACCAUUGGCUUUGGGAACAUUGCCCCAACUACAGAUGGGGAGAAGAUCUUCUCAGUGGCCAUGAUGAUGGUGGGAUCUCUUCUAUACGCCACCAUCUUCGGAAACGUGACCACCAUCUUUCAGCAGAUGUACACCAACACCAACCGCUACCACGAGAUGCUCAACAACGUAAGAGACUUCCUGAAGCUCUACCAGGUUCCUAAAGGGCUGAGUGAGAGAGUUAUGGACUACAUUGUAUCCACAUGGGCCAUGACCAAAGGCAUAGACACAGAGAAGGUUCUGUCCAUCUGUCCUAAAGACAUGCGUGCCGACAUCUGUGUACACCUGAACCGGCAGGUGUUUAAUGAGCACCCUGCUUUCCGAUUGGCCAGUGAUGGCUGUCUGCGCUCUUUGGCGGUAGAGUUUCAGACCACACACUGUGCUCCAGGAGACCUUAUAUUUCACGCAGGAGAAAGUGUGGACACUCUUUGCUUUGUGGUGUCUGGCUCGCUGGAGGUCAUUCAGGAUGAUGAGGUUAUUGCAAUUUUAGGUAAGGGUGACGUGUUUGGCGACGUGUUUUGGAAGGAAACCACAUUGGCACAUGCGUGCGCUAAUGUGAGGGCACUGACGUACUGCGAUCUGCAUGUAAUCAGAAGGGAAGCUUUACUCAAAGUGCUGGAGUUUUACACGGCCUUCGCCAACUCUUUCUCCCGCAACCUCUUUCUUACCUGCAACCUCCGCAAGCGAAUUGUUUUUCGCAAGAUUGUUGACGUAAAGAAGGAGGAAGAGGAGAGGAGGCAUCAGAAGAAUGAAGUUACGUUAUCCAUCCCCGUGGACCAUCCUGUACGGAAGCUAUUCCAAAAGUUCAAACAGCAGAAAGAAAUGCGUACGCACGGUUCAUCGCAAUCUGAGCUGGACAGGAACCAGUUUCAGGUGGAGCAUCAUCUCCAUCCGCUGUCCCAUCAGCAGCAAUAUCAGUCACAGUACCAGGGUCACCAUCCUCUUCAACUUCAACACGUCACCCCCAUUCAAAAUGGUGCCCCUGGUUCGGGCAAUGGGAACAAUGGUUCUAGUGUUCUGACUGUCUCACAGAUAACCCCGUUCCAAAGCGCGCUGGCCUAUGUUCAGACAGAGGAACCCAAUAGGAGCGAUGGUCAUGAAGCAAUGGAGCUUAAGCCCAGUUUUAGUGUGGAGGACCAGAAUUGUCUAAAGGUUACAAGUCCAGUGAGACCCAGAGGAGGAAGGGGACGAGGCUGGAUGCGCUUCCAAAACGCCACAUCAGGAUCUUCAAUGCUUCCGCUGGAACUGGAGAAGCAGCCUCCCAAGGAAGAAGAGUGGGGGGAUGUGGCAAAGCCAUUGAAUGUGAUUUCUCAGGAUGCCAAGAGCCAGGAAGCCGGGUCUGAUGUAAGUGGUUCAGGUGGAAACGGCAACGGUAAUAGCAAUGAUGAGACAGAUGAAAACAGUGCACUACACAAGACUGAUUCAUGUGACAGUGGUAUCACAAAGAGUGACUUGCGUAUCGACAGAGUGGGUGUUUCACGGAGCCCCUACGAAAGGUGUCCGACGGAAAGGAGUCCGUACGAUCAUCCCAGCCCAGGGAUGGUUGACAUGACACUCCGGGGUCUUCAUUUUCAGCCUAUCCCUGAACAGGGUGUCCUUCAAAACAGCCUGCACGAGGCAAAGCUGGAAUUAAAGGGGGACAUCCAGACUUUAAAUAACCGGCUAGCAGCACUAGAGGCUCAGGUGGGGGAGAUUUUAAGACUACUUUCAUCAGAGAAGAGCAAACCUUCCCCUCCACCUCAAAUACCCACCAAAACCGAACUUGAACGGCAGGACAUCUUUGCUGUUUCACAGCCCGUCUCUCCAGAUACAGAAGAAGACGAUGAACCCUUUUGAAUUAAGACAAAUAGGUUUAUUUAUUAGAAUUGAUAUGCUGGUUUUAUUUAUUACUCGCCUUCCUCUUACUCAGGAAGGAACGGUAAAAACAGAUGAUUCGGGGAAGAAUUAUUUCUAUUGUAAAUACUUGCAUGUCCAGCUGGAAUCUGGCCUGCCAAUGAGAUCUUCUCUAUGGAUAGUAGUUGCUUGUACAUGUAAGGAGUUGGCUGCAUGCAGAGAUCAUUUAAAAGGUGCACUUUUUAGUGCACAUGGGAUCUCCUAACAUAUUUCAGGGCGUUUUCUCUUUUAAGUAAUCAGAUGUGCCAGACAUGUGAUCUACUGUCAGUUAGAAUCAGUCUUGGUUUAGUACCCCAAGCAUUGGUUUAGCACAGCACUAUUCAUAGUGACCUGGCUAUAAAUGGCUAUACAGUCACUUACUGUCACUUUUCUCAAAUAUCCCAAGAUUUCUUCCCAGUUUAGUAUGCAUAAAUAAGCAUAAUGACUGGAAGUGCAGGUUUGCAAGAUGGUUAGCUUAGAUGAUGAAUAAGAUCAUUAAUAUGCAACCCAUUCUCACUCCCCAGGCGUCAAAAUCUGAAGCAUGUUCAAACGCCCUCAGUGUCAGUAUGAAGAUGCGAAGAGUGCCCCUAUGCGUCACUAUAUCAACGAAAUGGGAACUCCGUUGCUUUUAUGCGUAUCCCUCAGCGUCGAUUAACCCUGCAUUCCAGUUCGUUUUUUAUGACCUUCCCUCUUUAACUUCCCUCAGUCUCGGAUGUACGUCAUUGCUUACGUUGUACGAGUGCCCACUACUGCUGAAACACUUGAAGUGGGUUCAAAUUAAUCGCCCUAAGCCCUUGAUCACAUGGAAAGUGACGUCACAAUCAUGUUACAUUGUGGUAUAUGAAGCCUGACGUGUACAUAUGAAGUAGACUCGCUCCCUCGGUCAAAAUCAAGGGAGCGAGGGUCUGUCCAUAUAAACUUCCCUCGUUCACUUGAUGAAGUGGAACGCACUUCAAAAUGGCGACAGGGAUUCCCCCGAGGGGAAGUGUUUAGGGAAGUUUGCGAGUGCGUGUCUAAAUCUGGAGUGGAACACAGCCAUAGACGAAAAGGCAUCCCGGAAGGUGAUGCCGUCACUUUAUGCGAUGUCAACGUAUGCGACGAUCGGCAUGAUCAUGCCGCUUCUGGAUGUUAACUACUAUAUUUUUGUUCCAAAUUUUUUACCAUUGUCGCUUGGGGUGGGUCAAAAAAUUGAGUAGUUACCGUCCAAAAGCGGCAUGAUCCUGCCGAUCAUCGCAUACGUUGAC